GCUGGUGACGGUUGCCCAACCGCCUGCAGGAUGAGGUGAAGCUGUUGGGCUGCCCCGAGACGGAGCCAUGCACCACCGAGCCGUUCAUCCCGAGGCACCGGCAGGUCACUGUUCCAUGUAAGAAAAAUUACAGACUACGAAUAUGGGAAAGAAACGCAUCAAAGGCAAAACUGCACAGUCUGAUGAGUCUCCAGAUACGCUGGAACCUGUGUGCAAGCAUAUUCGUAAAGGAUUAGAACAAGGUCAUCUGAAAAAGGCGCUGCUGAAUGUGGAAUGGCAUGUUUGUCAGGACUGCAAGGCAGAUAAUAAGAUACAAGAGAAGUCUGAGGAGGAGACCAAUGAAAGCCCUUCAAUAUGGUUAUGUCUAAAAUGUGGCCACAGGGUAUCUCUUGUUUUGUUGUUAAUUUGUCUUAAUAUCUUUCAGUGCCUCAUAAUAUAGUGGAACAAGAGAGCUUCUAAUUCAACUCUUGUAUAAUUUUUUUUUUUUUAAUUAUUUUAAAGGUGGUGCUGCAUAAAUGAUUUUAUGUACUGUAGUGUCAUUCAAGAAUGUCUGCUCUGAAUUGGAAAUGAAUUACUUAGAAGCUUGGCACAAAGGCAUUUAGCAGGCUUAAGGCUAAAACACCAUCUUGAGGACUUGUUUUCUUAGAAAGUCCAAAUUAUUUUGCUAAUAAAAUAAAAAUUUCUGUUAAUGUUCCUAAUUUGUGAUUCUUACAAUAAGAUCUUAUGCUCACAUUAGUUUAGUAAACUUAGAACUCUGCAUGCUGAAGAGGUUUUUGUUCUGUACCAUUCUUCAAGCUGUUCAAAUUGGAAUUUGUAAAUUAAAUGUUCUGUCCCUGAGCAACUUCAUAGCUAUUCUGCACUCAUUUCUCUCUGCAGAAAUAAGUGUCUUAAAACAGAGACCUGUCUAUCCUAAAUAGUUUAACGUGAUUAAACAGUUUUCGUUUUAAUACUUUGUUUAUACUCUGACUUUAUCUAUGUUUCAUUGAUACAUGAUCACUGGAUUUUGUGACACCUGGUUAUCAACAUUAUAGGGCUGUGGCAGAAAUUCUCCAGAACAGCAUGCUUUAAAGCAUUAUGAAACGCCAAGAUCAGAUCCCCAUUGUUUGGUUCUCAGUUUGGACAACUGGAGUGUGUGACAGGUGCUACAUAUGUGAUAAUGAAGUUCCAUACAGUACUUCAAGCCGAUUGGGCCAGACUGUGGAUUAUAUUAGAAAACAAGCUUGCAUUGGCUCAUCACAUACAGUAGAAAAGCAACAAGAGAAAAAAGAAUUUGAAAAUAAAAAAGUAGAAAAAGACAGUAAAAAUGAGCAAGAAAAAGAAGUCUCGCUUAAAGAAGAGAAUUCUAAUUCAAGUACUAACUCAGAAGUGACUGUGAAGGGACUUAGUAACUUGGGGAAUACAUGCUUCUUUAAUGCAGUGAUGCAGAAUUUAUCACAAACUCCAGUCCUGAGGGAGCUGCUUAAGGAAGCUAAAAUGCCUGGCACAACAGUUAAAAUCGAGUCACCUGAGUUAUCCAUGGAACCUCAGCUGAUAAAACUAGAUCAGCCAGGUCCUUUGACGUUAGCCAUGUAUCAGUUCCUGACAGAAAUGCAAGAGACAAAAAGAGGGGUCAUCACUCCUAAGGAACUUUUUGCUCAGGUUUGUAAAAAAGCAAUACGAUUUAAAGGUUAUCAGCAGCAAGACAGUCAUGAAUUGCUUCGUUACUUACUUGAUGGAAUGAGAGCAGAAGAAGUGCAACAAAUAAGUGUUGGAAUACUGAAGGCACUGACUGACUCUAACAAACAAAAUGAAGAAGAAAUUAAAAAGAAAAUUAAAGAAUAUGAGAAGAAAAAGGGAAUACAAAGUUUUGUGGAUCGGAUUUUUGGUGGAGAAUUAACCAGUACGAUUAUGUGUGAGGAAUGCAGAACCGUAUCCUUGGUCCAUGAGUCUUUCCUUGAUUUGUCGCUUCCUGUACUAGAUGAUCAGAAAGUAAAAAAUACAAAUGAGAGAAACAUUAAGAAAAACAAAGAAAAGGAAUCUGAAGAUGAAGAGAACAAAAAUGAUGACUGUUACCUUAAGCAGAGAGAUGAGCCCCCUGGUACAAGUAAGCACCUUCAGAAAAAAGCAAAGAAACAGGCCAAAAAACAAGCCAAGAGCCAACGCCGUCAGCAAAAACUUCAAGGAAAGGUGCUUCACUUGACAGAUAUCUGUGGAACUGAACAGCCAGAAAAAGAUGUUGAAUACAACCAAGAAUCAGAGGCAGAAAUUGACUCUGAAACACCUGAUACGAAGCAAGAAGAGGAAUCAUCAAAUGGUUGCAAAGAUCACUGCUUAACUCAAAAAGACUUGAGUAUACAGGGAAAUAGUACAGAAGUUCAGAGCAUGCAUGAAAAUACAGGAAAGCCAGAACAAGAGUGUAUAGAAAAGGAGUCUCUCAUGGAUCUCCCUAUGGAAGGCUUAGAUUGUCCUGCAAAGUUAGUCAAUGGACUUGACAAUCUGUCUUUGAAAGAUGAAGAUUAUGAAAAUAAUGAGGAAGAGCUUGCUACUGACUUUUCAAAACUACAUUUGGGUGCCAGUGCUGAAUCUGAUAUGAGUACAUCAGAUGACCUUCAAACUGUUCCCAUCAAGACAUGUGAAGUAUUGACUGAAGAUCCAGAAACAGCAUUUCGUACUCUUGCAAACAGGGAAGAUCUGAACCCAGAAGAAGGUUCUAUCCAUCACUGUUUGUAUCAGUUUACCCGUAAUGAAAAACUUACUGAGACCAAUAAACUACUUUGUGAUGUAUGCACACAAAGACAUUAUGGACCAAAGAAGAACAUAAAAAGUGAAAAAUAUGUUUAUACUAAUGCCAAAAAGCAGAUGCUAAUCUCUCUUGCUCCUCCAGUUUUAACUCUUCACUUAAAAAGGUUUCAACAGGCUGGAUUUAAUCUCCGGAAGGUUAACAGGCAUAUCAAGUUUCCAGAAGUGAUAGACUUGGCUCCUUUCUGUACAGCUAAAUGUAAAAAUGUGGCUGAAGGGAAUACAAAAGUACUGUACUCUCUCUAUGGAGUUGUUGAACACAGUGGAACAAUGAGGUCUGGGCACUACACUGCAUAUGCUAAAAUGCGAAGUAUGAACAACCAUCUCUCUGAUCUUGUCCUUCGAGGACAGUCUCCUCAAGCUUUAGAAACUGAACCAGUAAAAGGGCAGUGGUUCCACAUUAGCGAUACCCACGUACAAGCUGUGCCUGCAGCGAAAGUGCUGAGCUCUCAAGCCUAUCUCCUGUUCUAUGAGCGACUCCUUUAACUCAUCCAAGAAACCUUCUCAUGUGGUGUGAGAGGUGGUCAUCUUCAGGUGGUCUGAAAAAAGGCAGAGACUUGCAAAUCAUGGUCUUAACAUGUUGUAGCUACUGUAUACAACUGCAGGAAUAUACUUUAUGCUUCUUAGACACACUGACAAGUGGUUAACUUAUACUUUUUCCAGUGUUUUCACUACUUUUAAAUAAAGGUCUUUU